AAAAAUUCUCCUGAUUAACAUGAAAACUAGCUUUUAUGGACACUCUUUGAAGUCUCACCAUUCCACCACAAAAUGCAGGAAAGCUAACAAAGUCUCUCAGUUGAAGAUAUCCAAGGGUUAAUAGAGAUACAGUGGAGAAAUAAAUAAAUACAACUUUUGAUAUAUGGGAAGAAGGAGAUGUUCAAAAAAGAGGUGUCCGAAAUGGCUUUUCAGAUGGCUGUGUGGAUGCAGAUGCAAUCAGAGCUCAACGAAGGAGUAUUCUGUGCCUUGCUGCCAUUACAGAGAGCAUCACCGUGGCGAACGGGACAUGACUGCAGCAGCUUCCGUUUCCCAUCAGAUAGCAUUCCAUAAGACACCUGGAGGAUCAUGCCAUUCAAGUGUGGAAGAGACGAGCAACACACAAAAUAUCCCAACGCCUGAGUAUCAGGUGGAGGCAGGGGAAUCAGAGUACAGCAUUCUUCCUGAGCCACAACCACAUCAACCCGCUGAGGAUGAGGAUUCCAGAAUUUUGCUACAGAAAACAAUCAUGCAAGAAGAAAAGAAAGAAAAGGAGCCAAGAUUGCUAAGAAAAGAAGUAAUUUUCUUUAAGUGUCCAAGACAUCAUCACCUGAGCAAUUUCCUAAAAACCCACUCAAAAAAGAGUGCUCAUCGCAGAUGGAACAAUGGCAAAAGCACAUUUGAGCAAAGUGGAAGGGAAACUUCGAAGAGGGAAAUUUUACUCUCUGUACCAACCUACAGAGUAUCAGAAGACCAGGAAUCUUCGGAGGGACAAGAUUCAGGAGCUGUUUCCUCAGAAGAGGAUAAAAUAACUUCCUGUUUUGCUGCUAAAGUCUGUUUUGAGGUCAAACAAGAUUAUACAAAUCAUCAGUUUCUGGGGCCUGAAGGAAAUGUGGAUGUUGAGUUGAUUGAUAAGAGCACAAACAGAUACAGCGUUUGGUUCCCCACUGCUGGCUGGUAUCUGUGGCCAGCCACAGGCCUCGGCUUCCUGGUAAGGGAUGCAGUCACGGUGACGAUUGCAUUUGGUUCCUGGAAUCAGCACCUGGCCCUGGACCUGCAGCACCAUGAACAGUGGCUGGUGGGCGGCCCCUUGUUUGAUGUCACUGCAGAGCCAGAGGAGGCUGUCGCUGAAAUCCACCUCCCCCACUUCAUCUCCCUCCAAGCAGGUGAGGUGGACGUCUCCUGGUUCCUCGUUGCCCAUUUUAAGGAUGAAGGGAUGGUCCUGGAGCAUCCAGCCCGGGUGGAGCCUUUCUAUGCUGUCCUGGAAAAGCCUAGCUUCUCUCUGAUGGGCAUCCUGCUGCGGAUCGCCAGCGGGACCUGCCUCUCCAUCCCCAUCACUUCCAACACAUUGAUCUAUUAUCACCCCCACCCCGAAGAUAUUAAGUUCCACUUGUACCUUGUCCCCAGCGACGCCUUGCUAACGAAGGCGAUAGAUGAUGAGGAAGAUCGCUUCCAUGGUGUGCGCCUGCAGACUUCGCCCCCAGUGGAACCCCUGAACUUUGGUUCCAGUUAUAUUGUGUCUAAUUCUGCUAACCUGAAAGUAAUGCCCAAGGAGUUGAAAUUGUCCUACAGGAGCCCUGGAGAAAUUCAGCACUUCUCAAAAUUCUAUGCUGGGCAGAUGAAGGAACCCAUUCAACUUGAAAUUACUGAAAAAAGACAUGGGACUUUGGUGUGGGAUACUGAGGUGAAGCCAGUGGAUCUCCAGCUUGCAGCUGCAUCAGCCCCUCCUCCUUUCUCAGGUGCAGCCUUUGUGAAGGAGAACCACCGGCAACUCCAAGCCAGGAUGGGGGACCUGAAAGGGGUGCUCGAUGAUCUCCAAGACAAUGAGGUUCUCACUGAGAAUGAGAAGGAGCUGGUGGAGCAGGAAAAGACACGGCAGAGCAAGAAUGAGGCCUUGCUGAGCAUGGUGGAGAAGAAAGGGGACCUGGCCCUGGAGCUGCUCUUCAGAAGCAUUAGUGAAAGGGACCCUUACCUCGUGUCCUAUCUUAGACAGCAGAAUUUGUAAAAUGAGUCAGUUAGAUAGUCUGGAAGAGAGAAUCCAGCGUUCUCAUUGGAAAUGGAUAAACAGAAAUGUGAUCAUUGAUUUCAGUGUUCAAGACAGAAGAAGACUGGGUAACAUCUAUCACACAGGCUUUCAGGACAGACUUGUAACCUGGCAGGUACCUAUUGACUGUAUCCUCAUGCAUUUUCCUCAAGAAUGUCUGAAGAAGGUAGUAAUAUUCCUUUUAAAUUUUUUCCAACCAUGGCUUGAUAUGUCACUAUUUUAUCCAUUGACAUGAUUCUUGAAGACCCAGGAUAAAGGACAUCCAGAUAGGUGUGUUUAUGAAUGAUGGGGCCUGGAAAGGCAACUUUUCCUGAUUAAUGUGAAAAAUAAUUCCUAUGGACACUCCAUUUGAAGUAUCACCUUCUCAUAACUAAAAGCAGAAAAGCUAACAAAAGCUUCUCAGCUGAGGACACUCAAGGCAUACAUGAUGAUAGUCUUUUUUUUUUUUUUGUAUGUUAGGACUUUAACACUUUAUCUAUGGCUACUGUUAUUAGAAUAAUGUAAAUGUAUUUGCUGAAAGAGAGCACAAAAAUGGGAGAAAAUGCAAACAUGAGCAGAAAAUAUUUUCCCACUGGUGUGUAGCCUGCUACAAGGAGUUGUUGGGUUAAAUGUUCAUGGUCAACUCCAAGGAAUACUGAGAUGAAAUGUGGUAGAUCAACUCUACAGAACCACCAAAAAGAAAAUGAGGGUAAUUCAGCUUAUUCUGAGACAGACAUUCCUGGCAAUGUACCAUACAAAAAAUAAGCCAACUCUGACAUUUGGAUUCUACCAUAGACUCUGUCAUUUUGUAGCCAUUUCAGCUGCCUUUUGAUUAAUGUUUUCAUGGCACACAUAUUUCCAUCCUUUUAUGUUUAAUCUAUUUAAAACAAGUUUCUAGUAGACACCAUCUGGUUGAGUCAGUUUUUUAUGGUGUAUUUUGAACCCAUUCUGGUAAUCUCUUUUAACUGGAAAAUUUCAAUUACUUACAUUAAUGUAAUUAUUAAUAUGUUAGGAUUUAUCCUCAGUCAGCCAGUUUGUUAUGUCUUUCCUAUUCUACUGUUAUUACAUUUGUACCACUUAAAGUGGAAUCUAGGCACUUUAUCACCAUUUAGAUCCUAUUACCUUUUCUCAUCUAGGAUAUAGUUAUCUUCUACAUAAUCUUUCUGUAUCUUAAAACCCAUCAAUAAAUUAUUAUAUAUUUUCUACUUUUAAUCACUCAGAAGAUUUAAAAAACUCAUGAGAAGAGUAAUCUGUUAUGUUUUUCCAGAUAUUUACCAUUUCUGUUGCUCUUCCUUCAUUAUUUUCCAGAUUUCAUUCUGCAAAUUUCCACUUCAUCUCAUAGACGUUUUUUAGUUCUUUUAGAGUGGUUCUGAUAGGUACAGAUUCUCUUAUUUUUUGCUUCCUCUUAGGACAUCUUUUUCUCACCUUCAUUCUCAGUGAUGUUUUUUGCUUGAUGUAGUAUUUUUAGUUGACAUUGUUUUCUGUUCAGCAGUUUCCUUUUAGCUUCUGAUGAGAAAUCUGCAGUCAUUCAAAUUGUUGUUUCCCUGUAUGUAGUGUGUCAUUUUUCUGUCAGAUUUCAAGGUAUUUUUCUUUAUCUUUAGUUUUUAGCCAUUUCAUUAUGUUGGGGAUGAGUUUCCUUGUUUUAUUCCCUUUGGAAUUUGCUCCAAUUCAUAAAUUUGCAGUUUUAUGUCUUUUACCAAACUUAGAGGUUUUCAGCCUAAUUUCUAAAAAUACUUUUUAUUAGCCUGAUUUUCAUCUUUAUAGGAAAUAGUUUAAGUGAUGACAAGUUCCAAUAGCUUAUAUGCCCAGAAGGCCUUCAAAAUAAGAAUUUUGAAAGAAUACAGAAAACAAACUUUUAUAUCCUUCUCAUGUCUUCUACUGUAAAAUUCAUAUGCUUUGCUACUCUAAACCUAGUUUGAAAUAAACAGUCUUGAGAAUAGAUGAAAAUUUUGAUGAAUAGUGGAAUUCCUUUAAAUGGAAACCUCUUACAUGUGAUUUUCCUUGCCAUCUAGAAAUAAACCAUAGUAUUUAUGUUGAAUCAAUCAA